GAAGCAACUCUAUUUUAUAUUGUAACUCAUGUGUUUCUGUUUCGCUGACCCACCACAAUCACAUUCACUUAUUGCUGGGCCGUUAUUAUUGAAGCGUAAAGUUGAUAAUAAUUUUGCUUAGCAUCACUAUACGUCUCUCAAAGUGACAAUGGAUGAUCAGCAUGAAACAUAUAAACUCUGGAGGAUACGAAAAACAGUUAUGCAGCUUUGUCAUGACCGCGGGUACCUUGUGACUCAGGAGGAGUUGGAUCAGACAUUGGAUGGAUUCAAGGCACAGUUUGGUGAUAAGCCCAGUGAGAGGAAGCCCAGCCGCAGUGACCUCAUUGUGCUGGUGGCUCACAAUGAUGACCCUACAGACCAGAUGUUUGUGUUUUUCCCCGAUGAGAGCAAAGUUGGGAUCAAGACCAUCAAGACGUACUGUCAGAGAAUGCAGGAAGAGAACAUCAUGAGAGCCAUCAUUGUCGUGCAGAUGGGCAUGACUCCCUCAGCCAAGCAGGCCCUGGUGGAGAUGGCACCUAAAUACAUCUUGGAGCAGUUCAUCGAGUCAGAGCUGUUGAUCAACAUCACAGAGCACAUGCUGGUCCCCGAGCACAAAGUCAUGACCCCUGAGGAGAAAAUAGAACUACUCAACAGAUAUAAGCUGAAGGAGUCACAACUUCCCAGAAUCCAGGAGGGAGACCCAGUGUCCAGAUACUUUGGAUUGAAACGAGGACAGGUUGUCAAGAUUAUUCGUCCCAGCGAGACAGCCGGCAGAUACGUCAGUUACAGGCUGGUAGUCUGACACCAUGAGGCUGACGCUCACACGUUCACUGUCAUUUUCAUCACUCCAUCUCAGCCCUUAUUGGCGGUGCGGAAACUUGUGUUGUUUUCUGAAUGUCUGUUGUGUUUUUUGAAAGUAGGAAUAUGUGUCUGCAUUUAUUGCUCCAUAUUUGCCACCCAUAGUUCAGUUCCUGUGUAAAAAUGUUUAUGCCAGUUUGCAAGCAUUCCAUUUUCCCAAUGAUUGCAUAGCUACCAACCAUUACAUAAAAAUCUUGCUUAAUAUCAAUAUGUUCCUGAUGAUCUGAGUAUAGAAGUCUAUUUUCAAAUUGGAUAGUAUGUAUUCUCUGUUUUCUAGUUUUGCACUGCUGGGACUUGCUGAUGCUGAAGUAAAAUUAUGAGCUUUCAAGAUCAGUUUUGCAAAUAGUAAUGCGAAUGAAGCCCAUAAAUCAAUGGGAGAGAUCUUUUGCUGCAGCUUCAUUUUGAACAGUUUUCAUCUAUUGAAUGCUGAAAAGUGUGUCUGUAAAGGGUUAGGAAGGGGGGUUGCUUGGUUAUUACCCGCUUUCUUGAUCCACCUUGUACGUAGUCUGUUUUUUUGGCUCUGAAAAUUUGGCAGCUAUGUAAUUGCAGUUACAAGGAAUGUCUGCUGGAGUGUUGUUGUUGGCACAGAAGAAUGAUUGUGAGGGUGUUACUGGUAGAGAGGAGUGAUUGUAAUUGUAUGAGUGACUGGUACAGAAGAAUUAUUGUGUGAGUGAGUGUGUGUUACUGCUACAAAAUAAUGAUUGUGUAUUUCUAUGAUAUCUUGUCAUAGUCAUUGCCUGUACUAUGUACUUUGUGUGAGAACGUUGCUUGGACUUUUGUAUGCUCGGACAAGUUUACUGUCUUGGUAUUACAUUACAAAAGGAAUAGACUGGCAAAGUGAGAGUGUACCUGGCCUGACUGAGUGCCCGCACAAGUUUUCUGACUCUGUGGUGCUUGUGACUUGACUGAGGGGUGUUUGGUGCUUGUUUCCUGACCGUCAUGAUUCCAUGUCAUAUCAUUUCAUCGUGUAUAUAUAUAUAUCAUGAGAACUCUUAGUAAACUGCCUGAUGGGGCCACCAUAAUA